GAGCUGAAGAAAUUUGAGGCAUUCCAACGGCAAAUUCAUGAACGACUCACUCAGUUGGAGCUGAUCAAUAAGCAAUACAGGCGCCUUGCCCGCGAGAACCGCACAGACUCAGCCAGCAAGUUGAAGCAGAUGGUACACGAAGGCAACCAGCGCUGGGAUAACCUCCAGAAACGAGUCGCUGCCAUUCUGAGGAGACUCAAGCACUUCACCAAUCGGAGGGAUGAGUUUGAGGGGACGAGGGAAAGCAUCCUUGUUUGGCUCACGGAAAUGGACCUCCAGCUGACAAAUGUGGAGCACUUCUCAAAAAGUAACUUUGAUGACAAAAUGCGCCAGUUAAAUGGUUUCCAGCAGGAAAUAACACUAAACACGAAUAAGAUUGAUCAGCUAAUCGUUUUUGGGGAGCAGUUGAUUCAGAAGAGUGAGCCUUUGGAUGCUACCCUGAUUGAAGACGAAUUGGAAGAACUUCAUAGAUACUGUCAGGAAGUGUUUGGGCGAGUUGCCCGGUUCCAUCAAAGACUGACUUCAAGGCAUCCUGGAUUGGAUGAUGAAAAAGAGACCUCUGAAAAUGAGACAGAUCCAGAAGACUCCAGAGAAAUCCAGAACGAUCCCUGGCAUAAGAAGGCCAUCAGUGAGGGGCCCUCUUCACCACAGUCCCUUUGCCACCUUAUGCCCCCUUCUCAAGGUCAUGAACGAUCGGGCUGUGAAACCCCUGUCAGUGUUGACUCCAUCCCACUCGAAUGGGAUCAUACAGGUGAUGUGGGAGGUUCUUCCUCUCACGAAGACGAAGAAGAAGCAACAUACUACAGUGCUCUGUCAGAUGUAGAAAUCACUGAAAAUCCUGAGGCAUAUCUUAAAAUGACCACAAAAACUUUGAAAGCAUCUUCUGGAAAGUCUGCUUCAGAAGCUCAUCCUUGGCAUUCUCCAGAUAGCCCAGUGUGCAGAAAACACCGAUACAACCAGGCAGAGAUGGUUGGAAAUGUGUUGUCUGGUCCAGAGACAAGUACUCCCUAUAAGCCAGACUAUGUGAAGCAGCUCAGCUCUGCCAGCAGCAGCAGCAUCAACAAGGAGAAAAUUAUGUCUGCUAACAUGAACGAUGAAGAACCCCAAGAUGACCAAGAGCUUGUGAAUAUAGCAGCUGCAGAGAAGCAGUCAGGCAUUAUUGAUAGGUGGGAGCUCAUCCAAGCUCAAGACCUCAGGAAUAAACUUAGGAUGAAACAGAAAUUGCAGCAGUGGCAGCAGCUGAACUCAGAUCUCAGCGAUAUCUCUGCUUGGCUUGAUAAAACUGAGGAAGAGCUGAAAGAGCUACAAAAAGUGAAACCUCCAACCAGCAUGCAGGAGUUGGAACAAAGGGUCAAGAAAUUGAAAGACAUGCUUAAAGCAUUUGAUAACUACAAGGCAGUGGUGCUUUCUGUUAACAUGAGCAGCAAAGAAUUCCAGAAAGCGGAUAGCACAGAGUUCAAAGAGCUUCAGAACAGGCUUCGGAAGGUGAACUUGCAUUGGGAAAAAGCAACUCGUGCAUUGGACAACUGGAGGAAAAGUUUACAACAAGCCCUACUGCAUUGCCAGCCAGGUGAAAGCACUGCAAAAGUGUGUUUUCUCUUAUGUGUAAAUCUUUUGUUUCUCUAGGACUUCCAUGAUCAGAGCCAAAAACUAAUCCUGUGGUUGGCAAGUGCUGAUAGCCGAAGGAAUGAAGCACAAAUCACAGAUCCAAAUGCUGACCUCAAUACGAUACUGGAAUGCCAAAAGGAGCUAAUGCAACUGGAGAAGGAGCUGCUGGAACAACAGCUUAAAGUAAAUUCACUUCAAGAACUCACUGCUUAUCUGCUGCUUAAAUCCGAUGGUGAUUACAUUGAAGCUGAUGAGAAGGUCCAUGUAAUUGGAAGGAAACUGAAACAGCUUAUUGAACAAGUUUCACAUGACUUAAAAACAAUACAAGGAACCCUUCAUCCUUCUUCCCCCAUUCCAGAUGACUUGGACUCGGGAGUCUAUAAGCCAGUCACAGCCAAAUCCAGCCCUGCUGUGAAGAAGAUCCCUGCAAGGAGAACUGCAGAUGGCAGAAACAGCAGCAGCACAAGAGAUGAAAGCCAUCCACAACCUAUUCAAGCAACUCCUCGGUCUCCUUCCUUUUUUUACCGUGUAUUACGAGCAGCUUUACCUCUUCAGUUGUUCUUUCUACUGCUUUUACUUCUGGCUUGCAUGAUUCCAUCCUCCGAGGAAGACUACAGCUGCAUCCGGGCAAACAACUUUGCCCGUUCUUUCUAUCCCAUGCUGCGAUACACCAAUGGGCCUCCACCAACUUAG